AUGCUUUCAUUUACAACAGCAUCAGGAAAAUCCCAAAGCACAACAACCAAUGCCACCACAAGCACAGUCCCUGCUACAACAACCACAGCUGAACCAAAUACAACCACAGCUGCUGCCACAUCCACAGCUGCUGCCAUAACAACCACUGCUACUCGAACUACAACCACAGCAGCUUCCACCACAACUACAGCUUCUGCCACCACAACUACAGCCACUGCCACCGCAACUACAGCUGCUGCCAUAACAAACACAGCUGCUCCAACUACAACCACAGCUGCUGCCACUACAACCAAAGCAGCUUCAACUACAACCAAAGUAGCCGCCACAACAACCACAGCUACUCCAACUACAACCAAAGCUGCCACUACAAACCCAACUGUCAGGACCCGCCGCUCCAACUACAACCUCAACUACGUCCAUGAUGACCACCAUAGUUCCUGCCAUCACAACGACACUUACAACUGCUGCAGCAGCCACCACAAACACAGUUGCUGCAACAACAACCACAGAUGCUCCAACUACAAUCACAAAUGGAGUCACAACAUCCACAGUUUCUCCCACAACAAUCACAGCUGCUGCCACAACAACCACAGACGCUCCAACUACCACUACAAAUGGAGUCACAACCACAGUUUCCCCCACAACAACCACAGGUGCUGCCACUACAACCACAGGUCCUGCUACGGUCACCACAGCAGGCAUCACAACUACCACAGAUUCUCAUUCAACAACCACAGCUGCUCCAACUACAACCACAGCUGCUGCCACGACAACCACAGAUGUUCCAACUACCACAACAAAUGGAGUCACAACAACCACAGCUGCUUUCACAACAACCACAGGUGCUGCAACCACAACCACAGCUGCCCCCAUGACCAGCACAGCUGGCAUGACAACUUCCACAAUUCCGGUCACAACAACCACAGCUUCUUCGACGACAACAACAGCAGCAACCACCACAAUCACAGGAGCUGCCACCACAACCCCUACUGCUCCUACUACAUCCAUAGCUCCUGUCAUGACAACCACAGAUGCUCCAACUACAAACACAAAUGGAGUCACAACAUCCACAGUUUCUCCCACAACAACCACAGAUGCUGCCACAACAACCACAGGUGCUGCCACCACAACCACAGGUGCCGCCACGGUCACCACAGCAGGCAUCACAACUACCACAGAUUCUCAUUCAACAACCACAGCUGUUCCAACUACAAUCACAGCUACUGUUGCAACUCCAACCACAGCUGCAGCCACGACAACCACAGGUGCUCCAACUACAACAACAGCUACUGCUGCAACCACAACCACAGCUGCCCCCAUGACCAGCACAGCUGGCAUGACAACUUCCACAAUUCCGCUCCUGUCAUGACAACCACAGAUGCUCCAACUACAAACACAAAUGGAGUCACAACAUCCACAGUUUCUCCCACAACAACCACAGCUGCUGCCACAACAACCACAGGUGCUGCCACCACAACCACAGCUGCCCCCACGACCACCACAGCUGGCAUGACGACGACCACAAUUCCGGUGCUGACACGACAACCACAGGUCCUGCUACGCUGCUUUCACAACAACCACAGCAGCAACCACCAAAAUCACAGGAGCUGCCACCACAACCGCUACUGCUCUUACUACAUCCAUAGCUCCUGUCAUGACAACCACAGAUUCUCCAACUACAACCACAAAUGGAGUCACAACAUCCACAGUUUCUCCCACAACAAUCACAGCUGCUGCCACAACAACCACAGGUGCUGCCACCACAACCACACGUGCCGCCACGGUCACCACAGCAGGCAUCACAACUACCACAGUUGCUCAUUCAACAUCCACAGCUGCUCCAACUACAACCACAGCUACUGUUGCAACUCCAACCACAGCUGCCCCCACGACCACCACAGCUGGCAUGACGACGACCACAAUUCCGGUCACAACAACCACAGCUGCUUCGACGAUAACAACAGCAGCAACCAACACAAUCACAGGAGCUACCACCACAACCACUACUGCUCCUACUACAACCACAGCUCUUGUCAUGACAACCACAGAUGCUCCAACUACAAUCACAAAUGGAGUCACAACAUCCACAGUUUCUCCCACAACAAUCACAGCUGCUGCCACAACAACCACAGAUGCUCUAACUACCACAACAAAUGGAGUCACAACCACAGUUUCUCCCACAACAACCACAGCUGCUUUCACAACAACCACAGCAGCAACCACCACAAUCACAGGAGCUGCCACCACAACCCCUACUGCUCCUACUACAUCCAUAGCUCCUGUCAUGACAACCACAGAUGCUCCAACUACAAACACAAAUGGAGUCACAACAUCCACAGUUUCUCCCACAACAACCACAGAUGCUGCCACAACAACCACAGGUGCUGCCACCACAACCACAGGUGCCGCCACGGUCACCACAGCAGGCAUCACAACUACCACAGAUUCUCAUUCAACAACCACAGCUGUUCCAACUACAAUCACAGCUACUGUUGCAACUCCAACCACAGCUGCAGCCACGACAACCACAGGUGCUCCAACUACAACAACAGCUACUGCUGCAACCACAACCACAGCUGCCCCCAUGACCAGCACAGCUGGCAUGACAACUUCCACAAUUCCGGUCACAACAACCACAGCUUCUUCGACGACAACAACAGCAGCAACCACCACAAUCACAGGAGCUGCCACCACAACCCCUACUGCUCCUACUACAUCCAUAGCUCCUGUCAUGACAACCACAGAUGCUCCAACUACAAACACAAAUGGAGUCACAACAUCCACAGUUUCUCCCACAACAACCACAGCUGCUGCCACAACAACCACAGGUGCUGCCACCACAACCACAGCUGCCCCCACGACCACCACAGCUGGCAUGACGACGACCACAAUUCCGGUCACAACAACCACAGCUGCUUCGACGAUAACAACAGCAGCAACCAACACAAUCACAGGAGCUACCACCACAACCACUACUGCUCCUACUACAACCACAGCUCUUGUCAUGACAACCACAGAUGCUCCAACUACAAUCACAAAUGGAGUCACAACAUCCACAGUUUCUCCCACAACAAUCACAGCUGCUGCCACAACAACCACAGAUGCUCUAACUACCACAACAAAUGGAGUCACAACCACAGUUUCUCCCACAACAACCACAGCUGCUUUCACAACAACCACAGCAGCAACCACCAAAAUCACAGGAGCUGCCACCACAACCGCUACUGCUCUUACUACAUCCAUAGCUCCUGUCAUGACAACCACAGAUGCUCCAACUACAACCACAAAUGGAGUCACAACAUCCACAGUUUCUCCCACAACAAUCACAGCUGCUGCCACAACAACCACAGGUGCUGCCACCACAACCACACGUGCCGCCACGGUCACCACAGCAGGCAUCACAACUACCACAGUUGCUCAUUCAACAUCCACAGCUGCUCCAACUACAACCACAGCUACUGUUGCAACUCCAACCACAGCUGCCCCCACGACCACCACAGCUGGCAUGACGACGACCACAAUUCCGGUCACAACAACCACAGCUGCUUCGACGAUAACAACAGCAGCAACCAACACAAUCACAGGAGCUACCACCACAACCACUACUGCUCCUACUACAACCACAGCUCUUGUCAUGACAACCACAGAUGCUCCAACUACAAUCACAAAUGGAGUCACAACAUCCACAGUUUCUCCCACAACAAUCACAGCUGCUGCCACAACAACCACAGAUGCUCUAACUACCACAACAAAUGGAGUCACAACCACAGUUUCUCCCACAACAACCACAGCUGCUUUCACAACAACCACAGCAGCAACCACCAAAAUCACAGGAGCUGCCACCACAACCGCUACUGCUACUACUACAUCCAUAGCUCCUGUCAUGACAACCACAGAUGCUCCAACUACAACCACAAAUGGAGUCACAACAUCCACAGUUUCUCCCACAACAAUCACAGCUGCUGCCACAACAACCUCAGGUGCUGCCACCACAACCACACGUGCCGCCACGGUCACCACAGCAGGCAUCACAACUACCACAGUUGCUCAUUCAACAUCCACAGCUGCUCCAACUACAACCACAGCUACUGUUGCAACUCCAACCACAGCUGCCCCCACGACCACCACAGCUGGCAUGACGACGACCACAAUUCCGGUCACAACAACCACAGCUGCUUCGACGAUAACAACAGCAGCAACCAACACAAUCACAGGAGCUACCACCACAACCACUACUGCUCCUACUACAACCACAGCUCUUGUCAUGACAACCACAGAUGCUCCAACAACAAUCACAAAUGGAGUCACAACAUCCACAGUUUCUCCCACAACAAUCACAGCUGCUGCCACAACAACCACAGAUGCUCUAACUACCACAACAAAUGGAGUCACAACCACAGUUUCUCCCACAACAACCACAGGUGCUGCAACCACAACCACAGCUGUCCCCACAACCACCACAGCUGGCAUGACGACUACCACAAUUCCGGUCACAAAAACCACAGCAGCUUCGACGAUAACAACAGCAGCAACCAACACAAUCACAGGAGCUACCACCACAACCACUACUGCUCCUACUACAACCACAGCUCUUGUCAUGACAACAGCAGAUGCUCCAACUACAACCACAAAUGGAGUCACAACAUCCACAGUUUCUCCCACGACAAUCGCAGCUGCUGCCACAACAACCACAGCUGCUUCGACGAUAACAACAGCAGCAACCAACACAAUCACAGGAGCUACCACCACAACCACUACUGCUCCUACUACAACCACAGCUCUUGUCAUGACAACCACAGAUGCUCCAACUACAAUCACAAAUGGAGUCACAACAUCCACAGUUUCUCCCACAACAAUCACAGCUGCUGCCACAACAACCACAGAUGCUACAACGACCACAACAAAUGGAGUCACAACCACAGUUUCUCCCACAACAACCACAGGUGCUGCAACCAGAACCACAGCUGUCCCCACAACCACCACAGCUGGCAUGACGACUACCACAAUUCCGGUCACAAAAACCACAGCAGCUUCGACGAUAACAACAGCAGCAACCAACACAAUCACAGGAUCUACCACCACAACCACUACUGCUCCUACUACAACCACAGCUCUUGUCAUGACAACAGCAGAUGCUCCAACUACAACCACAAAUGGAGUCACAACAUCCACAGUUUCUCCCACGACAAUCGCAGCUGCUGCCAAAACAACCACAGAUGCUCCAACUACCACAACAAAUGGAGUCACAACCACAGUUUCUCCCACAACAACCACAGGUGCUGCCACGACAACCACAGGUCCUGCUACGGUCACCACAGCAGGCAUCACAACUACCACAGGUGCUGCAACCACAACCACAGGUGCUGCAACCACAACCACAGGUGCCCCCACAACCACCACAGCAGGCAUCACAACUACCACAGUUGCUCAUUCAACAUCCACAGCUGCUCCAACUACAACCACAGCUAUUGUUGCAACUCCAACCACAGUUGCCCCCACGACCACCACAGCUGGCAUGACUCCAACCACAGUUGCCCCCACGACCACCACAGCUGGCAUGACGACUACCACAAUUCCGGUCGCAACAACCACAGCUGCUUUGACUACAACAACAGCAGCAACCACCACAAUCACAGGAGCUGCCACCACAACCCCUACUGCUCCUACUACAUCCAUAGCUCCUGUCAUGACAACCACAGAUGCUCCAACUACAACCACAAAUGGAGUCACAACCACAGUUUCUCCCACAACAACCACAGAUGCUGCCACGACAACCACAGGUCCUGCUACGGUCACCACAUCAGGCAUCACAACUACCACAGAUUCUCAUUCAACAACCACAGCUGCUCCAACUACAACCACAGCUACUGCUGCAACACCAACUACAGCUGCAGCCACGACAACCACAGAUGCUCCAACUACAACAACAAAUGGAGUCACAACAAGCACAGUUUUUCCCACAACAACAACAGAUGCUUUCACAACAACCACAGGUGCUGCAACCACAACCACAGCUGCCCCCACGACCACCAGAGCUGGCAUGACGACUACCACAAUUCCGGCCACAACAACCACAGCUGCUUCGACGAUAACAACAGCAGCAACCAACACAAUCACAGGAGCUGCCACCACAACCCCUACUGCUCCUACUACAUCCAUAGCUCCUGUCAUGACAACCACAGAUGCUCCAACUACAACCACAAAUGGAGUCACAACAUCCACAGCUGCUGCCACAACAACCACAGGUGCUGCCACCACAACCACAGGUGCCGCCACGGUCACCACAGCAGGCAUCACAACUACCACAGCUGCUCCAACUACAACCACAGCUACUGCUGCAACACCAACCACAGGUGCUGCAACCACAACCACAGCUGCCCCCACGACCACCACAGCUGGCAUGACGACGACCACAAUUCCGGUCACAACAACCACAGCUGCUUCGACGAUAACAACAGCAGCAACCAACACAAUCACAGGAGCUACCACCACAACCACUACUGCUCCUACUACAACCACAGCUCUUGUCAUGACAACCACAGAUGCUACAACGACCACAACAAAUGGAGUCACAACCACAGUUUCUCCCACAACAACCACAGGUGCUGCCACGACAACCACAGGUCCUGCUACGGUCACCACAGCAGGCAUCACAACUACCACAGAUUCUCAUUCAACAACCACAGCUGCUCCAACUACAACCACAGCUACUGCUGCAACACCAACCACAGCUGCAGCCACGACAACCACAGAUGCUCCAACUACAACCACAAAUGGAGUCACAACAUCCACAGUUUCUCCCACAACAAACACAGCUGCUGCCACAACAACCACAGGUGCUGCCACCACAACCACAGGUGCCGCCACGGUCACCACAGCAGGCAUCACAACUACCACAGAUUCUCAUUCAACAACCACAGCUGCUCCAACUACAACCACAGCUACUGCUGCAACACCAACCACAGCUGCAGCCACGACAACCACAGAUGCUCCAACUACAACCACAAAUGGAGUCACAACAUCCACAGUUUCUCCCACAACAAACACAGCUGCUGCCACAACAACCACAGGUGCUGCCACCACAACCACAGGUGCCGCCACGGUCACCACAGCAGGCAUUACAACUACCACAGUUGCUCAUUCAACAUCCACAGUUGCUCCAACUACAACCACAGCUACUGUUGCAACUACAACCACAGCUGCCCCCACGACCACCACAGCUGGCAUGACGACUACCACAAUUCCGGUCACAACAACCACAGCUUCUUCGACUACAACAACAGCAGCAACCACCACAAUCACAGGAGCUGCCACCACAACCCCUACUGCUGCUACUACAUCCAUAGCUCCUGUCAUGACAACCACAGAUGCUCCAACUACAACCACAAAUGGAGUCACAACAUCCACAGUUUCUCCCACAACAACAACAGCUGCUUUCACAACAACCACAGGUGCUGCAACCACAACCACAGCUGCCCCCACGACCACCACAGCUGGCAUGACAACUACCACAAUUCCAGUCACAACAACCACAGCUGCUUCGACUAUAACAACAGCAGCAACCAACACAAUCACAGGAGCUACCACCACAACCACUACUGCUCCUACUACAACCACAGCUCUUGUCAUGACAACUACAGAUGCUCCAACUACAACCACAAAUGGAGUCAGAACAUCCACAGUUUCUCCCACAACAAUCACAGCUGCUGCCACAACAACCACAGGUGCUGCAACCACAACCACAGCUGCCCCCACGACCACCACAGCUGGCAUGACGACGACCACAAUUCCGGUCACAACAACCACAGCUGCUUCGACGAUAACAACAGCAGCAACCAACACAAUCACAGGAGCUACCACCACAACCACUACUGCUCCUACUACAACCACAGCUCUUGUCAUGACAACCACAGAUGCUCCAACUACAACCACAAAUGGAGUCACAACAUCCACAGUGCUGCCACGACAACCACAGGUCCUGCUACGGUCACCACAGCAGGCAUCACAACUGCCACAGAUUCUCAAUCAACAACAACAGCUGCUCCAACUACAACCACAGCUACUACUGCAACACCAACCACAGCUGCAGCCACGACAACCACAGAUGCUCCAACUACAACAACAAAUGGACUGCUUCGACUACAACAACAGCAGCUGCCCCACAACCCCUACUGCUCCUACUACAUCCAUAGCUCCUGUCAUGACAACCACAGAUGCUCCAACUACAACCACAAAUGGAGUCACAACAUCCACAGUUUCUCCCAAAUCAACCACAGCUGCUGCCACAACAACCACAGGUGCUGCCACCACAAACACAGGUGCCGCCACGGUCACCAAAGCAGGCAUCACAACUACCACAGUUGCUCAUUCAACAUCCACAGCUGCUCCAACUACAACCACAGCUACUGUUGCAACUCCAACCACAUCUGCCCCCACGACCACCACAGCUGGCAUGACGACUACCACAAUUCCGGUCACAACAACCACAGCUGCUUCGACUAUAACAACAGCAGAAACCAACACUAUCACAGGAGCUACCACCACAACCACUACUGCUCCUACUACAACCACAGCUCUUGUCAUGACAACCACAGCUCCUGUCAUGACAACCACAGCUGCUGCCACAACAACCACAGGUGCCGCCACGGUCACCACAGCAGGCAUCACAACUACCACAGUUGCUCAUUCAACAUCCACAGCUGCUCCAACUACAACCUCAACUACGUCCACAGAUGCUCCAACUACAAACACUGUUGGCGUUGCAAAAACCACAGCUUCACCAACUACAACUACAGCUGCUUCCUCUACAACCACAGCUGCUGCCACUUCAACCACAACAGCUGCUCCCACAACUACAGCUGCCACCACAAUAACCACAGAUUCUCUAACUACAAACACAGCUACUGCCACAUCAACAACUUAUCCAACUACAACCACAGUAGCUUCCUCUGCAACCACACAUUCUGCCACAACAACUAUACCUGCUGCCACUAUUACCACAGCUGCUCAAACUGCAACCAACGCAGCAGCCAACACAACCACAGCAGCUGCCACAACAACCAUAAACAAAAAUAUAAAUGCAACAUAGCUGGCAGGACGACAACCACAAUUCCAGUCACAACAACCAUAGCUGCUUCGACAACAUCAACAGCAGCAACCACCACAAUCACAGAAGCUGCCAACACAUCCACUUCUGCUCCUACUACAACCACAGCUCCUGUGCUGCCAUCACAACCACAGGUGUCUCCACGGUGCUGCCAUCACAACCACAGGUGCUGCCACGGUCACCACAGCAGGUGUCAUAACUACCACAGUUGCUCAUUCAACAACCACAGCUGCUCCAACUACAACCUCAACUACGUCCAAGAUGACCACCACAGUUCCUGCCAUGACAACGACACCUGCAACUGCUGCAGCAGCAACCACAACCACAGUUGCUGCAACAACAACAGCAGCUGCUCCAACUGCAACCACUUCAACUGCUGCAACCACAACUACAGCUUCCCCCACGACCACCACAGCUGGCAUGACGACUACAACAAUUCCGGUCACAACAACCACAGCUCCUGUCAUGACAACCACACAUGCUCCAACUACAACCACAAAUGGAGUCACAACAUCCACAGUUUCUCCCACAACAACCACAGCUGCUGCCACAACAACCACAGAUGCUCCAACUACAACAGCAAAUGGAGUCACAACAUCCACAGUUUCUCCUACAACAACCACAGCUGCUGCCACAACAACCACAGAUGCUCCAACUACAACAGUAAAUGGAGUCACAACAUCCACAGUUUCUCCUACAACAACCACAGGUGCUUCCAUCACAACCACAGGUCCCGCCACGGUCACAACAGCAGGCAUCACAACUACCACAGUUGCUCCAACUACAACCACAGCUACUGCUGCAAUCACAACCACAGCUAA